AUGCGGGCGCCACUCUGCCUGUUGCUGCUGGUCGCCCACGCCGUGGACAUGCUCCCUGUGCAUCGAAGGAAGAAGCAAGUGGGCACUGGUCUUGGGAGCAACUGCACAGGCUGUGUCAUCUGCUCAGAAGAAAACGGCUGCUCCACCUGCCAGCAGAGGCUCUUCCUGUUCAUCCGCCGGGAAGGUAUCCGCCAGUACGGCAAGUGUGUACAUGACUGUCCCUCCGGCUACUUCGGCGUCCGUGGCCAGGAGGUCAACAGAUGCAAAAAAUGUGGGGCCACGUGUGAAAGCUGCUUCAGCCAGGACUUCUGCAUCCAGUGCAAGAGGCGGUUUUACCUGUACAAGGGAAAGUGUCUGCCCACCUGCCCGCCGGGCACUGCGGCCCAACAGAACACACGGGAAUGCCAGGAGGAGUGUGAGCUGGGCCCCUGGGGCAGCUGGAGCCCCUGCACACACAGAAGGAAGACGUGCGGCUCAGCCUGGGGCCUGGAGACCCGGGUGCGAGAGGCUGGCCGGGCUGGGCGGGAGGAGGCAACAACCUGCCAGGUGCUGUCCGAGUCACGGAAAUGUCCCAUCCAGAGGCCCUGCCCAGGAGAGAGAAACCCCAACCAGAAGAAGGGCCGGAAAGCCCGGCGCCCGCACAAGGACAAGAAACUGGACCGGAAGCUGGACGUGAGGCCUGGCCCGCCGCCGGCCUGA